GUGGGGGGGGAGAGAAAGGGAGGGGGAGAGGAAGGGAGGAAAAAACCCGAAGCCGAGGCUCCGACACCAGAAGGACACGUCGCUGACUACUUGUACAGACAGGCAGAACCGAUGCUAAUCUGUUUAACCCGACGAGAUAUGGGCGAGUGGCUGGUCGGGGAGAGGAGGACUGGUCGCCGCUGACAAUGACGGAGGCUAUUCGCUGCACACUGGUCAACUGUAACUGUGAAUGCUUUCAAGCAGGGAAGAUCAAUGUGCGUCAGUGUGACCAUUGUAAACAUGGAUGGGUGGUACAUGCCUUGGAUAAACUACGAGUGAAUCACCUAUAUCAGCAAAGCCAGGUUGAAAUAGUCCAAUCAAAUGUUGUGUUUGACAUUAGUAGUCUAAUGCUGUAUGGGACCCAGGCCAUUCCAAUUCGUCUCAAAAUCCUGCUGGACCGACUGUUCAGUGUUCUCAAGCAAGACGAAGUUCUGCAGAUCUUGCACUCACUGGGGUGGACUAUGCAAGACUACAUCCGUGGUUACAUUCUACAGGAUGUCGCUGGAAAAGUACUUGAUCGGUGGAAUAUAAUGACCUAUGAUGAGGAAAUGGUCUCGCUACACCAGUUCCUUCGUUUUGGAGAAACCAAGUCCAUUGUUGAACUGAUGGCAAUCCAAGAGAAGGAAGGAAAUGCAGUUAUUGUCCCAUCAGCCAAGAGCAACUCUGAUAUCCGAGCGUUUAUAGAGAGCAGUAAUCAAACGCGGAGCCCCAGCCUGCCGACACAUUUGGACAAAGUGAAUCCAAGCAGCAUUCAUCACUUUGAGAAAAUCGUCAACAACUUGGCCUUUAUGUUGCCUUUCCAGUUUUUCAACCCGAUCCCCAUGCCCCUGUUGGGGACAUCUCCGAACAGUUUCCUCCUCGAUCAGCCUCAAGACAAGCCAAGGGAAGCCAAGCAAGAGAUUCCAAUUCCUAUCAGCAAGAAUUUCCUUGCAAGUUCGGGCGCCGACCCGUAUCAGAGCGCUGAAGAAAAUAGCCAAAUUUCCCAAGAUAAGUUUACCCUCGACCUGAAGAAUGACUCCACCAAUGAGUCCAGUGAGGUGACAUCCCCUUCGCUCAGCGUUACCCCAAGCGCAGAGCUUGAGCAAGCUCAGGUGGGUUCUCAUCCCAGCCGGGACAGGUCGAUGGAGACACCAGGCAGCCUGUCCACCAAGGGACGGGUUUACUGCAGCGCCUGUGAGAAGACCUUCUAUGAUAAAGGCACCUUGAAGAUCCACUACAACGCUGUCCACCUGAAAAUCAAACACAAGUGCACGGUGGGAGGGUGCAACAUGGUGUUCAGCUCUCUACGGAGUCGCAACCGACACAGUUCCAACCCCAACCCCAGGCUACACAUGCCGACUAUGAAAAAUAACCGGGACAAGGACCUGAGAAACUGCCCCUCAGCCACAGUUAUCCAAGUCAAUGAUAAAAGGCUUGACGCCUGCGAUGGCCGCUCCCUCGCUGGAUUCGACCAUCCCAGAGCUGAGGCCAAUGUUCAGAGUAAUGCUCAGAUUGGUCUCGGCAACAUCGGGCAUGGUGCAGCCUUCCAGAACCUGAAGACAGUGCAGCCGGUGUUCCCCUUCUACCGCAGCCUGGUGUCUCCGGCCGAGCUGGCCCUUCCCCAAGUGGCGCUGCCGACCCUGCCCCACGCCGCCCCUUCCAUCCAAGAGUAUUUCGCCGCCAGGGAACCGGCGGUGGAUCCCGUGCCCAAAAAGAAGUCCCGCAAGAGCAGCAUGCCGGUGAAGAUUGAGAUAGAGAUGAUGGAGGAACUGGAAGAUGCAGGAAGCGGCGUGUCCAACUGUGACGCCAGAAGCGAGGACGAGUACAAGAGUAUCAAGUAUGACCUGGAGAGAACAGAAAGUGGGUCCGACGUGGAAGAACAGGCCCCCAAAGGGCAGCAGCAAGACAUGAUAACAGCCGCUGAUGCCCGGGCACAGGGCAAUGGCAAUGCCAAUGCCAAAGCGGGCGGCGAUUCACACUUGGAGAACGGUGAUGCCCUGGUGAAAGCGCGAACUGUAAUCAUAUCAUCCUUUGGGGACGAGCCGAGGGAGAGCGAGGGGGACAGUAGCGAGAGCCUGCUGUCCAAAUCACAAGGGUGGCUGCAGGCAGACCUGCUGAUGACCAACUAUAAGGAGGUGCAGCAGAGGCUGAUGAACGGCGACUUGGGCAGGGUGCUGAUGCAACAGAGGGCCAGACCACUCUGCUUUGACGGGCCGGCGGUCAAUAGUUGCUCGUGUCUACAGCCAGACGCCGAGAAGAGGGAUAAUCAGGGUACUUCUAAUCCUAACUAUUGCUAUGUCUGCAAGAAGGUGUUUAAAAGUUCUUACAGUGUUAAAUUGCAUUACAAAAACGUGCAUCUAAAGGAAAUGCACAUGUGCACAGUAGGAGGGUGUAACGCUGCUUUCCCCUCGAGGCGCAGUAGGGACAGACAUAGUGCAAACAUCAAUCUUCAUCACAAACUUCUGACCAAAGGAUCAUAUGAGACCCAAAAAAACUUCUUCAGCGCCACACCUUUAUCAACAGAGUUCUGUGAAGAUCUUCUGGUGAGAACCCAGAUGGGACAUACUCCUGUAAUAUUGAAAGGGAAGAACAGAAGCGAACACUUUGGCUUUCCUUUCCACAGCACCCCUGAGUCUUCCAAUGAGGUCCAAGGAGGAGAUGGUUUUUACAAUGGAACAGUACUGGAUCUAAGCACCACAUCCAGUGUCAAGUCGGGAAGCAGUGUCCAUUCUUGGGAGUCAGAUGCUGGGAGUGAAGAAGGGAUCCCUGUGAACAAUGACGAGGGUUUCGAGCAGGAUGAUAUAAUGGCGAAAGAUAAGUUAUACCAACUAUCCUCCGCGGUUGAAGAACCCAUUGACUGUUUGCUGAAAUCUCCUUCUGCCAACUCGCCCAUCAUGUGCAACAUUUGCCAGAAGCUCUACAGUAACAAAGGGACUUUCCGAGCCCAUUACAAAACAGUACAUCUUCGUCAGCUUCACAAGUGCAAGGUGUUUGGUUGUAACACCAUGUUCUCCUCUGUUCGCAGUCGAAACCGGCACAGUCAGAACCCUAAUUUGCACAAAGACAUGUUCUGUGGCUCCACCACGAGUCACUGAACUCCUCCCAACCCUUUAUAGGGACGAUGGAUUUUGAAGUCACCAUUAAUUUGUCUCUUCUCAUAUUGGUUGCAGUGAUGGAGAGAGGAUCUUGAACUCCUUCAUCCAUGAAACUGCCAGGACCUCGUCGUUCUUCAGUGACGUUGGCAUGUUUUUGCUCCCUUCUCUGGUUCUCAGAACUAAUGGAAUGCAGAUUUCGAACAUUCCUGUUUUAUAGGUGAUGAAGAUCAGAAUCAAAUGGAACCCAGAGUUCACGAGACCUCAUUUUAUGAAUAAGAUUUUUUUAAUAGCAUGAAAGGUUCUUUGUUGCGACUCUUUGAUUAUCUGGAUCAAAAGGCACUUUUGAUACUAACUUUUAGCUUGAGUUCUGUUUGAUUAAAGAUGCCUUUUCAUCUGCACUUAUGCCAUAUUUUUCACAUUCCAGUUUCGUGUCUGAAGAAAUAACUUUAUGUAUGGAUAGGUCGGCCAGACCCAUAAACACAGUCAGACAUUUUAAUUUUCAAAUAACCUAAAGCAUUCAAGUCUGAUUCCAAAUGCUGUUGUCACAGUUUUCCUGAAAUCUGUGAAUGUAAUUCCCAAAAACGUGCAAAAAACCCCAUUUAAUUAUGCUUCCUUUGUUGUUUUAAAUGUUUUCUCAGCUUCAGUUGAGUGCGUUUAGUCAAAAUGAAGGUUCGGAAUGAAAUCUGGAAUUGGAACAGGUUGUAAGGCUUUGUGGACUUAAUGAAAAUUAAGAAUAUAAUGUGUCUGGCUGGUUGGUUUCUUAGUUAAGUUAUUCCAUAGCAUCGUGAAUGUUAAAACAUUUUGCUUUUGUGAUAUGCAAUGAUAUUUGCUAUUUUGGGCCAUCUUAAUGCUCACAAGAAGCUUAAAAAUCACAGCUUGCCAAAGAUGUAUCCAAUGUGAUAAUCUGUAAAUAAAUCAGCAAGUAAUAUUCUUGACGACAAAUUCUGCUUAAAAAAAUGAACAAUUUUUUGUUAACUACAAAUAUUUCUUUGUAAAAUUAAACAUGAUUUUAAAAAUG